AUGACCAUUUUCUUCAUGUAUCUCAUGCUAUUGAUGGUCAUGGUUGGAUUUCAAGAAUGUGUCUCAACUCAAAGUGAAAUGGUUGCUCCACCAGAGGUUACACAGCACAACGAUACUCUGUACGCAGCAUGCAGAAUGAGACCAAGCACAACACUCGCUGAGGAUCUGCCUAAGGUGUAUGGGCAUGUGCUUUUCAAGCAGGAAUACCCUCAGGGAAUCCUAAAAGUUCUUCUCCAUCUCAAAGGAUUCCCAAGAGGGAGAAUCCCAAAGCCCAGAUCAGUGCACAUCCACCAGUAUGGAGACAUCAGCCAGGGAUGUGACUCUACUGGUGGCCACUACAAUCCACUCAAUGUACAUCACCCCAACCACCCAGGAGACUUCGGUAACUUUGCAAACCCUCAUGGAAGAAUCAAUGUAGUAAUUGAUUCUAACGCAACUCUGUUUGGGGAACUGUCACUGAUGGGAAGAGCAGUGAUUGUCCAUGAAAAGAUGGAUGACUUAGGGCGUGGUGGUGAUGCUGGGAGCCUGCUUUAUGGAAAUGCUGGCCGGAGGCUUGGGUGUUGUGUUAUUGGGAUUUCUUCUCCCAAACUCUGGAAUAUGUACUAUAAUGCAUAG